AUGUCGAAGGUAAUGCGAAGUGUCAAAAAUGUGACCAAGGGUUACUCCGGCGCCCAGGUCAAGGUCCGAGAAGCUACCAGUAAUGACCCAUGGGGUCCAACCGGUACUCAGAUGAGUGAGAUCGCUCAAAUGACAUACAACACAUCCACCGAGUUCUACGAGAUUAUGGACAUGAUCGAUAAGCGUCUAAACGACAAGGGAAAGAACUGGCGCCACGUCCUUAAAGCACUCAAAGUUCUGGAUUAUUGUCUUCACGAGGGCUCAGAACUCGUUGUUACUUGGGCUCGCCAGAGUAUUUAUAUUAUUAAGACCCUGCGCGAGUUCCAAUAUGUUGACGAGGAGGGCCGCGACGUAGGACAAAAUGUCCGAGUUGCUGCAAAGGAGUUAACUUCUCUUAUUCUGGACGAAGAAAGACUACGAGCCGAGCGAAGUGACCGAAGAUCAUGGAAGUCGCGCGUCACUGGCCUCGAAGAAUUCGCUCCUCAGCAAGCUGAACCAUCGAACCAAGGAACCCGACGACAACAGGCGCAGCCAAGACGACAGAUGACUGAUGAGGAAGAUGCUGAGUACCGCCUAGCUCUAGAGGCCAGCAGGUACCAGGAGGAGGAAGACAGGAAGAAGCGCGAGAGCCGACAGAACGGGCCAGAUGACGAUGACGACUUGGCGAAAGCCAUCAAGCUUAGCGAGGAAGAAGAGGAACGAAGGCGCAGGGAGCUUGAGAGCAGCAACGCUGCCUCUCUGUUCGACGAUGAUCCCGUGCCUCAGCAGCAGACCAACCAGCCGCAGUUUACUGGCUUCAACCAAGGAUAUCAGCAGGGCAACCCUGUUGACUUCUUCGCCAAUCCUAUCGAGCAGAACCAGCCCCAACCCACUGGCUACAUGAACAACGCCUAUACUGGCUUCCAGCAACCCCAGCCAACCGGAUUCCAGCCAAACUACAACACCGGUUUUAGCGGCCAGCAGACAGGCAUGGGUUUCGAUCCCUAUGGCCAGCAGCAGCAGCAGCAGAACCAGCAAGUUUUCCAGCCUCAGCCCACUGGUUUCAACCCUUACCUGCAACAACAGCAGCAACAGCCUCAGCAGCCAUCAUUCUCUUCACCAGCAUCUCCCGAGGCCACUCUUCAACCUGGCAGCAACAACCCUUGGGCAACCAACAACAGUCAGCCGCAAUCGUUGCAGCCAACACCCACCGGCUCCAACAACCCAUUUGCCCAGUUCAGCCGCCCACAAUCCGCUCGACCAAACCCUAUGACAUCCCUGGGAGCACUCCCUGAACAGAAGAGCCUUAACACGUUUGGUAACCAGUCUCAGCCCCAGCUGCAGCAGCAGAGCAGCUUCCCAUUGCAAUCGCAAAACACCUUCUCCCAGUCGCAACCUUCAUUCAACGCUCCUCAAAAGGAGAUGAACGAGCACGAGACUCGACUCAACACUCUGCUUGCCAGUGGCGAUGGCAUGGAUACCUUUGGCAACACAGGUAACCUUCGUAUUCCUGCCCAACACACAGCUCCUGGCACGUUCGUCAACAGCGCUGGUGCAGGUGUUGCCCGCAUUAACGCUGAGGCUACGGGAAACAACCCAUUCCUCCGACAGCAGUUCACAGGAAUGCCUACCGUCAACUAUGGUGCUCAAAUGCCUGCCGCUACGGGACCUGCAGGCAUGAAUGGCCAGACCAACAACCCAUUUGCUCAUCAACAGGCAGGACAGCCACAAAAGCAGAAUCAAGAUCUGAUACAAUUCUAA